AGAGAGAGAGAGAGAGAGAGAGAGAGAGAUGGGAAAGUAUAUGGAAAUGUUGGAUGCAGGGGUGAGAUUCGUAACAAGAUUUCAUUCUCAUUGUCCUCAGACGGCACACAUGUACUACCACCCUCCGGCUAACCACGAUGACAACCACCACGACCACCCACAUGGCGGUGUAUCUAGAAGCGAUGCUGCCGGUGAUCUCUCCGACAAGGUGGGUGGUUUUGGCUCCAAGCCAGGUAUAGGGGUGGAUACUAGGGAUUUGAUUCUUUAUUAUGUCGUCUAAUGACCAAAGCUAUCAAAAAAGUACACAACAUGUCUCUAGUUUAGAUGUAUUGUUUAAGAAAGUUUCGGAUUAAUUAUAAUUUUUUAUUUUUAUUUCAUAUAUAAUUGUUCUCUCCUCUCUCGGGGGAAUGAUAAAUUGAGGGGUUUAUAGGACAAUCACGUCUUUAAGAAAUUGAAGGAUUACCCACUACGAGUUUAUUUUGG